UACAAAAUCCUAAUACAAAAGAAGCAUUAACUUGUCCAUCAAGUAACUCACAAACAAGUCCCCCUUCAACUUCAAUAUUCUCUUCCCUUAUCGCAAUUAUUUUUUUUUAAUUCAACAAUGGAAGUACUCUGCACCACCGCCGUAAAAAUUAUACACAUCAGUGACGACGAUGAUGUUAUUCCAAAGCGUAAGCGUAAACGAGCCAAAAUUAUUGAUCCAGUGGAAGAGUAUUCUGAAUCUGUUCGUUCAAAUCGCAGCGGAACGAAAAAAGUAUUAAUUGACAUAUCCGAUGAUGAGAUUGAAAUUUUAUCGAAAACAUCAAACUCUUUCAUGUGUGAGAUUUGUGUCGACGAGAAACCAAUAACUGAAAAUUUUCAAAUUAUGGGUUGUAAUCAUUCUUACUGCAAUCAAUGUACUAUCAAUUACAUAGCCUCAAAGCUCCAACAGAACAUUCCUCGAAUUUCAUGCCCUGUUUCGGGUUGCAAGGGGAAUUACGAACCGUAUUAUUGCAGAUCGAUUUUGCCUAAAGAAGUUUAUGAUAGAUGGGGUGACGCAUUAUGCGAGAUGAUGAUAAUGGAUUCUGAAAAAUCUUAUUGUCCUUACAAAAAUUGCUCUGCCCUUUUGAUCAACGAAAGAAAAGCUUUGGUGAAUAGUAAAUCGAAAUGUCUGGAAUGUAAGAGAUUGUUUUGUGCUAAUUGUAAAGUUCCGUGGCACAAAGGAAUUGUAUGCGAAGAAUUUCAGAAAUUGCAAAAAAACAAUGAAGCGGGAACAGAAGAUAUGUUGCUUAUGAAGCUUGCUAAACGCCGGCGAUGGCAGAGGUGUCCAAAAUGCAGAAUCUAUGUUGCAAGGACUAAAGGUUGCCCUCAUAUGCACUGUAGGUGUGGAUGCUACUUUUGUUACACAUGUGGAGCUGAAUUAAGUCCCAAUCACAAGUGCACAAAUUAAAUUAUGGUACUUGAAUACAUAAGUAUAGUACCUUUUACAUAGAAAGUGUUUCCUAUGAUUGU